GGCAGAACCCCCUUGGGUGGCUGGAGAGCGGCCGGGUGCACCCUUGGGUUGUGUCUGUCCCCUCCCUCCUCACAGGGACUGUGACUGGGGGGCAGAUCUGAGCUCCUGCACCACCGUGCCUGCCUCCGGGUAACUCGGCUGCAGCACCAGAGCUGCUUAACCCCAUCCUGAUCCAGCCUUCGCCCCCCAAACCCCACUGCCAUGAAGAAGAAGGCGGCCAAUGGGAGGGGGCCGGAUCCUGCAGCCCCCCAGCAGCGAGCCCGGGGCAUCACCAAGUCAGCAGAGUACGUGGGCUCCUUUGUGGUGGAGGACUUGGACCUGGAGCAGCGAGCAGGGCAGCUGGAGGAGCAGCUGCAGGCACUGAAGGACUGCCCCAGGAGGAGGUUGGUGGUGCUGAGGUUCAGCUUGCAGGGGGUGAAGGUCUACAGCGCUGAUGGCGAGACGCUGCUGAUGGCGCACGCGCUGCGCCGCAUCCUGUACAGCACGUGGCGACGCGCCGACCGCCAGUUCGCCUUCGUGGCCCGCAACCCCCGCAGCCCCGGCAGCCCCCUCUUCUGCCACCUCUUCGUGGGGCUCCCGGGCGAGGUCCAGACCCUGCAUCUCCUGCUCUGCCGCUGCUUCCAGCUCUGCUACCUCCUGGCUCACCCCGAGGAGCAGGCGCCCGACGGGGAGCCCACGGGGCCGGGGGUGCUGCGGGAGCCGCUCAACCCCGAGGAGGUGUCGCGCAACGUCAACGCUCUCGUGUCCUUCCGCCGCCUGCCCGCGCUGGGCUCCGUGGGCGCAGGGGACCGGCAGGCAGAGGGCAGAGCCUGGCGCCCCGGGAACCCCUACUGCUCCCCAGUGCUGGUGCGCAAGAAAGCCAUCCGCAGCAAGGUGCUGCGCUCGGGGGCUUACCGGGACUGUGGGGCUGAGAGCCAGCUCCAUCAGCCGCCCCGUGACACUGCAUCAACGGGAUGGGAGAGCAAAGGAGCGAGGAGCUUCGCCUUUCUCCCUGAAAAUGAGAGCAUCCUUGCUGAGAGCGUGUGGGGCUUCGCAGGCAUCUCCAGGGACAGCGGGAUCGCGCUGCUGCGGCGCGAUGUGCCCGGCGCCUUCCUGCUGCGCCCCGAGCCCGGGCUGGCCAAGCGCUGGUGCCUGUGGGUGCGGGCGCCCUGCGGCAUCGUCACCUACGGCCUCGUCAGGACACACCAGGGCAGGUUCUGCGUGGAGCACUCCAACACCGAGUUCCCCAGCGUGGCUGCCCUCCUGGCUCACUACUCCACCGCACCAGGUGGCUGCUUCUGUCGCCUGGCCCCUGGCCGCCGCAACCCCGGCUACGAGGAGCAGGACCCCGGUGGCGGAGCCAGCGCCUGGGGGGACACUGCCUGGGCCCCCACCGGCCCCGUCGGGGCCCAGCAUGAGCGGGGUUAAGCCCAGGCACCCCCUUUAGGGCACCGGCCCCCCCAACAUCCCCAUUGAGCUUUAAACCGCUGCCGUCUGCCUUAUCUGCCCCCUCCCGCGGCUGCGUGCGCUGGCAAUAAAUGGCUGUUGUGC